AUGAUUGAGCUUGGAUUGAGCAGGAUCGCACAGCUUGUCAAGCAUACGCCCUUGAGCUGGAAGGCUAUUCAUGUAGCUGGCACAAAUGGCAAGGGCUCUAUAACUGCUUAUCUUUCUGCCCUCCUCAAAGAGGCUGGCGUGGUCACCGGACGGUUCAACUCUCCACACCUGAUUGAUCGAUGGGAUUGCAUAUCCAUCCAAGAUCAGCCUGUGUCCAAAAAGGUCUUCACUCAAGUUGAAGAUGAGGUGAAAGGUCGGGAUGAGAAAUAUAGAAUUUGUGCCUCCGAGUUUGAAUUGUUGACGGCUACAGCUUUUGAGAUAUUCAAUCGUGCUCAUGUCCAGGUUGGUGUGGUUGAGGUAGGACUGGGAGGUCGAUUGGAUGCCACCAAUAUUCUCAGACCCCAAGAUGUCCUUGUCUCUGUUAUCUCAAAAAUAGGGCUUGAUCAUCAGACCCUGUUGGGCCAGACACCAGAAGCCAUUGCGGGUGAAAAGGCGGGUAUCAUGAAAGAGGCUGUCCCUUGCAUUGUGGAUGGCACAAAUGAAUCAUCUGUUCUUCAAGUGCUCCACGAACAUGCAAAGAGAGUGAAAACCACGUUGUCUGUGAUCAAUCCUGAGACAGCUCCACAUACCAUGAAGAUGCUGGAACCAUUUGUUCAGAAUUUAGAUAUGGCACCUCAUCAGCAGGCUAAUCUCUUUCUAGCAAUUGAGGCAGCGAGAGCAGCGGAGUCAUCUCUUAGACCGAAGAAACCUGUUGAUCAGUCGCUGGAUGUGAUUUCAAGGGUCACCUGGCCCGGAAGACUUCAAAUAGUUAGUCUCCAGCCACUCCUUGGAUAUGAUAUUACCGUCCUCCUCGAUGGAGCUCACAACGUCCAGGCAGCUAAGUCUCUUGCUGUUUAUGUCGAUCAGAGGAUUCGUCAGCAGUCUGGCUCAGUGACUUGGAUUCUGGCAGCCAGUAAAGGCAAGGACCUCCUGGAGCUCCUUAGUUGCAUUCUCAAGCCUCAGGACAAUGUCAUUGCCACCGCAUUCGGGCCUGUGGAUGGAAUGCCGUGGGUUGAGCCUGUCGACACCGGGAAGAUUGUGCAAGCUGCCAGAAGAGUUUCUGAAGAAAUCAAGAUUACUGCAACAAAAACGGUUGAAGAGGCAUUAUGUGGCUUAUCAGAACUACAUCGUGCAGCACCUGUGGUGGUGACCGGAAGUCUGUAUCUUGUCUCUGAUGUUCUGCGACUGCUAAGGGCAAGCAAAUAA